AUGGCGCGACUGCGUUUCCCUGGAUGUCCUGGACAGAGAAUUGGAAGAAAUGGUGUUACCUUUGAAGACAAUAAGAGUCGUCUGCAGUGUGACCCAACGCUAAGUGCUGUGUCAAACCUUCAGAGGAGUUAUAACUGUUUUUAUGAGCUGUUUGGAGCGUCGGAUGAGGAUGAGGAGUUCGAGGGAUUCUCGCCCAGGGACGUCCGGAAAGCCAUCCAGAAGUUAAGACAUUUCAGUGGUGACACUUCAGAACCGUGCCACAAGGAUGAGCUCAUCAGCGAUGUCAUACCUGUCAAGCCAGCUGACAAGCUCACAGGUCGUAGCAACCUCUUGCCAGACCCAGGUGGCGGUAACCAGACAGCCGACCGACCGCUUGAAGCAGUGCCUGCUAAACAGAGCAGACGUCCAGCUCCUGACAAGUUGCCAGAGCCUCACGACAACAGGGAACGGAGAAGAGUAUCCGGCCGUCACGCGGCGCAGCGCCUUUUAGAUCGUGCCAAACGGGGCCGUAACAAAGCCCCACCAAAGAAGGAGAGCGCAGAGAGCCGCAAUGGUGCCUUGACCACGCGGAAUGGCUGCUUUCAGCUGCCGGCUGUGAGUGCGCGCUCGUCGAGACGGAUCAUCCCUCGUAAGCGGUACCUAGAGGACAGUGAGGAAGAUGUGCCACAGCAGCUACAUGUACAGAAGAAGAAGGGCAUUGUGGUGCAGCUACCGGCUCUUCCGGAAGGAGGUGCAGUGGAGGGUAGUGAUGAUGGCACCAGCCAAGUCACGUUGCAGGAGGAAGGAAGCAGUGGCGAGCACACUGCUGGCAGGAUGGAUGACUCGAGCUGCCACCUGGAGACAGACCAAAGUGCAGCGGAAGGAGACAGUGCUUUGGAGCGUGUGGGCCUCUUUGAGCAGCCCCUCGUGUUGCAAGGCAAACGUCCGUGGAAGCCAUCCCUCAAGGUGCAGCUUCGGCUAUCGGAGGCCAAUCUUGGUUCACCGUUUGCUUUCAAGGGCAGUCGAAGGGGAUCACAGACCACCUCCUCGGCUGACUCAACUAGGGAGUCCAUCAAACGGGAUAUGGUGUCGCGUUAUGCCGAGAUCAUGGCGACGCGGGAGGACGGCCCAUCAGCAGAGGUUCCCAACUCUCCGCCGGGCACGGCGCCCCUGGAGGACAAGGUGGCUGCCAAGAUUGCGAGGCUACUCAAGUCACAAUGGGAGAAUCGCCUGGGCUCGGGCGGCAGUGGCCCACGGCGGAAUGUGGUGCUUCGGAAAGCACGGCUACGGCUUAGCCAGCGGACGCUUAAGAAGUUGAGGCAGCCACUCGAGGAGAGUGCAGAGGAAAGUGUUGUGUCUGAGGUGACGCCAGAUGUUGGAGCAGAAGAGAUUGCAGAGUCGCCGAGGAAGCAGAGGGAACGGAGGGUUCCGCCUCUAAAUGGAAUAAAAAGAGUGGCAGAGAAAGGCUCAUCGGUGGCUUCGAGCGAGUCCAAGUGCAGUGUCUGCCAGCAGUACAAGCGGUCGGCUGAGCUUUCCAUUCGCUAUGGCCAAUAUGCAUGCCGCUUCUGCUUCCGAUUCUACGCUGCUUUCCUGAGGAAGCCCAAGAAAUUUGUCUGCCCCAAGGACGGGAACUGUAACCUCGCACAACCAUCCAAGUGCAAGGGGUGCCUUGUACAUGCGUGCUGGAACUUGUUUGACAUCCCGGCUCCCCUGAAACAUCGCAUGGAGCGACACCUUCGCCCACCUCGGGGUGACGGCCGGCCACGGCGGCCACCACGGAAACGGAAAUUGUCCGAGGACAAGACGCGUGCUGAGAGCCACUCAGAAAUGCCAAAGCCUGUUCUUUCUAGUCCAGAGGAUUCACAGGAUACCAUGACUUCCAGCAGCGAUUCAAUCAAGAGCAGCCAUGGGCCGCGCAUCAAGCACGUGUGCCGCCGUGCAGCUGUCGUACUGGGACAGAAGCGGGCCACGUUUUCCCCAGCGCCUGCAGGCCGCAUCAGCCUCAGUGCUCUGUCCGAAGAGGACAAGAGCCGCCUCAUUGUGCACCACUCCUCACAGGAAGAAGACUCAUCUCCUGAGGUGCCCGAGCGGAACCGCCGGAAGGACGACAGCAAGAAGAGGGACGACAGUGGGGGCAGGAAGCGGGAUGAGGGAGGCCGAAGGAGGGACCAUGAGAGGAGAGGUGGCGGCGGUGCACCAGGGAGGGAAGAUGAGCAGCACCAUCCGCCGCCACACGAGAGGUCACGUCGUGGCAAGGACCACAACUACAGGACGGACCACCACCACCGAGACCAGCAUCACCAGCAGCGGCAACGGCAGCAGAGUCAAGAUGAGGAGCAUCAGCACCAGCACCACCGGCAGCAGCAUGGACAGGAGCAGAAAGAUAGCAGCACCGAUGGCCAGCAGGAGGAAGGUCACCAGCAGCGAAGAGGGGGCGCAAGAAGUGCCAGUGGGGAGAGCAAAGUUGGCCAGGAGGGGAAGCAAGGAGCGGAGGAGGCCAAAGAAGUCUUGGGGACACCGGAGACAAAAAAGAGGAAAGCGGAGGCCAACGAAACGGGUGUGGAAAGCCCAGUGGUUGAGCAGCUCGAUCAGUUGGUGAGGCAGGUGAAACAGGAGAACAUCAGCGAUGAAGUGGGUGUGCCAAAGACGCAGCCAUCGAGAACGGAAUCGCCUGAUGUUGCAGAGGAAAAGGAGCAUCUUUCGGAGGCACCAGUGGAGGAUCUUGCAUCAAACAAGGGUGAAGAAGAACAAGGAGAGGUGCCAGUGGAGACGUCGGGCUCUGGUAGGGCACUGCGGCGCAAGGCAGAUAGGUUCCGAGUGCCCGUGAGCAAGAUUCUUCAUGUAAGGGUUCGCAAAGGCCGCUGCAACCAGUGUGCGGGGUGUCUGGCAGAGGACUGCGGCAAAUGCGUCUGUUGUCGGGACAAGAAGAAAUUUGGUGGAAAGAACCUUCUGAAACAGGCAUGCUUGCAAAGGCGCUGCUCGAACUUGUCUCUGAAGUCGUGGAACCGUCCUGCACAGCGCGAAGCGAGUGAGGCAGAGUUGGCAUCAGAGCAGAGUCAGAGGAGCCCCUUGGAGUCUUGCAAAAUCGAGGAGGAAGCUGGCAACAAGCCGGAGACUAAGACGAGAACGAGGAGGAAGCCAAAGAGGAUGCUGCCGCCACCAAAGCCAGUGCAGAGGUACCGGCCCAAGCUGGACAAGUACAAGCGGCUGCUGAGGCAGAAGGAGAAAGCUGGUGGGAAAGUGAAGACGCCAAGAAGUCGGCUUGCCAAGAAAAAGCCCGCACGAAAGCCCCCGGUAGCCAAGUGCAAGACCGAAACGCCCUUUGGAGGAGAGGCCGAAGAAUUGAGAAGCGCCAAAGAGGGUGGUUCCUCGGCUGGUUGUGUCCCCGCCGAUCAGGAGACUGCAAGCCUUGGCAGCUGGGAGAACAGCAAUGGCAGCUCCAGUACUGCCACCAGCAGCCUUGGUGGCAGCAACAGCGCAGCUGCUAAGGAGGCCAGGCUGCAGGCAAAGAUGUAUGCUCCUCUAGUGCCCAAGGUUGUUGACCACCCGCUGUCUUCUCGGCAGCUGAGCAAGAAGUCUGUGGGGCACGGAAACCAGCCCCUGGUUCAGGCCUUAUUGUGGGACGAGUAUGAGCGGUCAAAGCUUAUCUCAUCAGGGUUCCCGCUGGUGUCGGCGAAGCAGUUUGCAGUGCAGGCAGUCUGCUUUCUCUGUGGAAGUGCCGGAGAGGAAGAGCUGCUGUUUUGCACUGUAUGCUGCGAGCCAUACCACUGGUUCUGCCUUGACACUGAAGAAGUGCCGCAACCAGGCGCGGACCGAGAAUGCUGGUGCUGCCCUAGGUGCCAAGCCUGCAUUGCCUGUGGACACCGGAGCAGUCAACUCUUGAGGUGCAACAAGUGUCAGCAAAUGUACCACUCGGACUGCUUGGGCCCAGGCUAUCCGUCAAAGCCAUCGAGGAAAAAGAAAAUCUGGGUCUGUGUCAAGUGCAUCCGGUGCAAAAGUUGUGGAACCACUUCAUCUAAAAGCUCUUUGUGGAACUUUGACCUCUCGUUGUGCCAUGAGUGUUUGCUUCUUCGGGAAAAAGGCAACUACUGCCCACUAUGUGAGAAGUGCUAUGAAGAUGACGAUUACGAGUCAAUGAUGGUCCAAUGUUCCCAGUGCCAAAAAUGGAUUCACGCACGCUGUGAUGGCAUAUCAGAGGAGCUGUACCAAGUGCUGUCCCUGCUGCCCGAGACGGAGCUGUACCUGUGUCGGCUGUGCGAGCCAGACUCGCCCCGUCUGUGGCUUGGCACGGCUGAGCGGGUGCUGCAGGAACGGCUACGCUGCAUCAUGAGCUCCCUCCUAGAUCUGCAGAAAGCAUCGAAGGAUCGCUGCCAAGUGUUGGAGCAGGCGGUGCCCACGCCUCCUGAUCUCAUGGCAUUGCCUGAUGAAACACAGGACAAAGACGGCUCAUUGGACUCCACUCAGCCAACCACCGCACUUGCAAGGACAGAACUUCACUUUGUGGAUCUUAUCAAAGUGCAGCGAAGGCUGGAGUGUGGGGAGUACACGACUGUGAAGGAGUUUUGCGAAGACAUCUUGCAGGCUACCAUGGACAGCCGGGUCUCCGCACAAAUGGUGAGGGACCUGCUAGGAAAGCUCCUGGAGGAAGCAUUUCCUGGCCUGCGGCCCUCCCCACUGCCACCCACGCCUCCGCACGAGCCCAGUGCACUGUUGGGAGCUCCUGGAUCCCUUCUCCUGGCAGAAGCCGUGCUUCCCCCUCACGGGGACCACCUGUACGCCCAGUGUCAGGCAAGGCCCAACGGAACCGGACCCCCCGAACCUCAGCAGCCAGGACUGCUCAGGGACACAGCGGAGCAAGGAGUGGACUCUCGGCAGUGUGUGCUAUGUGGUCAGCCUGGUGAUGACUCCUGUACCAAGUCCGGCCGACUCUUGUAUGCUGGCCAGGAUAACUGGGUGCACGUCAACUGUGCGCUCUGGUCGGCGGAGGUCUUUGAACAGGGUGAUGGUGCCCUGCACCGGGUGCAUUCUGCCAUCUCAAGAGGGCGCUACCUGCGCUGCGAGGUGUGUGGCAUCGUGGGUGCAACGGUAGGGUGCUGCGUACGAGGGUGCCCCGCCAACUUCCACUUUGGCUGCGCACAAGCAGCGCAAGCCGUCUUCCAAGCCGACAAGAAGGUCUUCUGUUCCUUCCACCAGAGCAAUGUCAACCGAGAGGUGGUUGAAGGGGACAAGUUUUCCGUCUGCCGUGCAGUCUAUGUGGACCACCAGGAUGUCAAUCCUAAAUGGCAGAAAGCCUGGGAGGGAACUCUUGCCCAGGAGAUGACUGUCAUUGCAGGGUCCAUGACCAUCGAGUGCCUGGGACACUUGACAGAGGCGUCGGACCUUGAAAAUGUUCUUGUUCCUGUCAACUACAGGGUUCGGCGCAUGUUCUGGAGCACCCAGAAUCCUAGGCAGCGAGUGGUGUAUGUGUGCCGGACGUAUGAGGUGCGUCCGCCACGCCCUCCACCAUGCGAGGAGGACUGGGGAAUAAAUGUGACCACUGUACACGACGACCCAUCCCCCGUUGGGAGUGCCCUAGCACAAUGUGAUAUUUCGUCUGCAAACUGUGAUAGCACGGGUGGCGGGCUCAGUGUGUCAUCAAGUGACGGCUUGCCUGCUCCACCUGCCCCCGACUUGGAUGACCUUGAUGCCAAAAUCCUUGAUGAACUUGCUCGGUGUGUCCAGAGCAGCGACAGCCAGAUGGACUUUGCUGAGCUCCUGGAGAACAUAUCGAGGUCGUGUGACCCGGUGGCUGCUUCCUCCAGAAGUGCUGAUGGCGGUAGCAGCAGUAGCAGCAGUGUUGCACCGACAACCAGUGUAAAUAGUGGUGGUAGUGAGUUUGCAGAGGCAGCAACAUCUGCGACACCUCCUGCUGUGGCAGACCAGUCAUUGACAGUGUGCCAGGACAAAUCGGUGAGGAGUAGUGAUGUAGCUAAGUGCGAGGCAGUGACUGCCCCUGCGGUCGGUGGCAAGGACCAGCAGCCGCUGCAUCGGGAUAGUGCCCGAGGGGUCAUUGAGCCACCUCUGGUGUCCACUGUGCCAUCCCCUGAGGCACAUGUGACGGUGCAGAGCAGUGGGCAGCAACUGGCUAGCAGUGGUGCAACGUCGUCUACUCCGAAGUGUGUCGCAAAACCUGUGAAACAGCAGCAGCAGCAAAGCGUGUGUGGGUGCACCUGUGAAAACCGGACAGCCAAGACAGUAGCUAGCAAGCUGGCUAUGACACCCAGCCGGGCGCGGUCGCGGCCAGCUGCUUCCCCGAAGACCAUCCUGCCCAAGGUGCCAGGUUCCCAGUCCCAGGGUUGUCAGCAGAGGUCGAGGCCUGCCUCUUGCCAGCAGCAACCCCAUCAACACCAGCAUCAGCCACAGCAGCAGCAGCAACAGCAGCAGCAUCAUCAUCACCAGCAUCACCAGCAGCAGCGAGCAACCUCAAUGGUGCCACACGCCCUGCAGGCCCAGUCGCCGUGCCUCGGCAUACCCCCUGUGGCCGCCACGCAGCCCCUGGUCAGCUACUCCCCAUAUGCUUACAACUUUCCCAUGAUCAACCAGUUCCCAUCGACCAUAAACAUGACGAGCGUGAGCUGUGACAAGUUUGAGGUGUAUGAAGUGCCUGGCGGCACCAUCAUCAUACCACGGCAGCACUACCGACUUGAAAAUUGUGUGUCUACGCUGAGCAUGGCAGCAGGGGCUCAAGUCGCCUACCUGGGCUCACUGCCUCUGGUGGCAGCGCCCUUUAUGCAGCCAGCAGCACCACCACUUGCGUUCAUUGGUGGCCUCGGAGGCCAAGCUCCGGCACCUGUAAUGCCCCUUGCUUUGCAGUCGCCUGGUGUGUGCGGCCAGGUGCCCCUUGUAGCAGGCAGCGGGCUCGUAGCAAAUGCUGGUGUCAUGGCCCCCGGUGUGGCCUCGGCGGGACUCAUGACGUCAAUCACCAGUCAGACCUCCAUGGUGAGCACUGGACCAACACCAGGUUCCAGGUCAUGCCCGACGUCCAAGCGCGUUCCCUGUUAUGCAAAUGCACACCGCAACAUGCUUGCCCAGAAACAGUGUGCCAAGGCAGCCAUGAUGCGGAAGAGGCUGCUGCAGUCUGGGAAACAGGUGGCAAAGACUAUUGUGGCCCAAAGCCAAACGUUUGUGGCUCGGGAACAGUGCACUAAGUGCGUCGUUCUGCCAGUGCGUACAGCAGCGACCUCUGCUGCUGCAGUCGCUGCUGUGAGUGAUGCUGUGAAAGUUGCACCUGCAACAACCACCUCCCCACCAGCAGCGCCAGUAGUCACGCCAACAAGCACGACUUCGGCUCCUUCUCCACCAGUGUUGCCAGCAGCAACCGAUGCACCACGCAGUGCCCCGUCCCCCGAGGUUUAUCCCGAGCCAGACUCGUCAACGGAGUUCCUCAGCGGACCGGGACGCGUGUCACCAGUGCUUCUGCCACCGCCACAGCCGCCAUUCAGCCCAAGCCCCCAGGAGAGUCCUCGUGGUGCGGGCGACUCGGGUUCUCUCGGUGCAGAGUCCAUCUUUGCACUGCUCCAAAAAGCGGCUCAACGCAUUCUUCAGGAUGGCUGGCCAACUGACGGUGAUCCUGAGCCGUGCCCUCCAACAUCGUCCACGGCCGUGCCUCCAGAAGGCAAGGAACCUGUGCAUAGCACGGUGGGAACGCUGCCUCCAGCGGUGCCGCUGCAGGAGGAGAUGCGCUCGUCGCACUUUGAGCGGCCUUACGUUGUCUAUGAAAUCAGCAGCGAGGAUGGCUUUUUGCAUUCUUCACCUGAUGCACAUGAGGUCUGGCGAUACCUUUUCGAAAAGCUUCAGGAUGCCCGUGCUGGUGCCAACAUGCAGCCCUUAACCAAUGAUGACGUGGACGGCUUCGCCAUGAUGGGUCUCACGCACAAGGCUGUUGUGUACCUCACAGAGCAGCUGCGAGGGGCUGAUAACUGUGAAAACUACAUCUUCAAGUACCACAAGCGGAACAGCACCAAGCUGCCAGAGAACCCAUCAGGCUGCGCACGUCUGGAGGGCUUCAAGUCACGGGGACAUCAUGACAUGUUCAAGUUCCUGGCGUCUGCACACCGGUCGCCACCCCGAUACGAUCCGAGCAGUGACAAUGGAGAUGAGGUGGAGGUUCUGCACAAGUCGUCCCGGCGCCUGACUAGCUUGGAUCUUCCCAUGGCCAUGCGCUUCCGGCACCUCAAGAACACUGCCAAGGAGGCUGUCGGUGUCUACAGGUCAAGCAUUCAUGGAAGAGGCCUGUACUGUAAGCGCAACAUUGAUGGAGGAGAGAUGAUAAUUGAGUAUGCUGGAGAAGUUAUCCGAGCAGCCCUCACGGACAAGAGGGAGAAGUACUAUGAGAGCAAGGGGAUUGGUUGUUACAUGUUCCGCAUUGACGACCAUGAGGUUGUUGAUGCCACGAUGCAUGGCAAUGCCGCCAGGUUCAUCAACCACUCUUGUGAGCCCAACUGUUACUCAAAGGUGAUUUCUGUGGACAACAAGAAACAUAUUGUGAUAUUCGCACUGAGAAGCAUUCUCAAAGGAGAGGAGCUGACAUACGACUAUAAGUUCCCCAUCGAAGACGUCAAGAUUCCGUGCUCGUGCGGUUCCCGGAGGUGCCGCAAGUUUCUGAACUAAGUGGGCACGUGCACACGGCGAUGACGGAAACUCUGCCGCCGUGGUGGCACUUGUUGUCCCCAUGCAUCGAGCUUACACUAAUUGUGGGACGUGUGUACAUAGGGUUUUUAUCUCCAGUCCUUUGUUUCUGCCUGUAGCUUCGCCCUCACUGCUGCUGUUGUGUCCACAUCCAUCUUUGUUGCAUUAUUAUAAUUAUUAUUCCUGUCAUCAUUAUUAUUAUUAUUGUCAUCACUCCUCACUUCAGUGUUUCCCUGUCCCAUCACCACAACCGCGAAACCCCCUCACUAUGUACGUAUAGUACGUGUGUGCCAUGAUUGCAUGGUAGCAUGCUUUUUUUUACAUUUUUUUUUCCUGAUAAAUGCGAACAACAAGUGUUUCUUAGUGUUAGCAAGUGCUAAAGCAGAUGAAUGGGCACCUGUCUUUGUUCUCGAGCGAGCCUGCUCUUUGGUACCUUGUGUAAAAAGAAAAAAAAAUACAAAUGAACGAGCAAGUAAGAACACAAAUUAUUGAAGAAAAGAUAAUGGAGUGAGCUACAGAUAACACGUUAGCCAGGGCUUCGUGCCCGAGAGAUAUUUUUCUGGUCGGCAAAUGUGUGCACACGCACCGACGUCUUGUUUCUUUGAUUCGACGAGAGAAAAAUGUGAGAUCAAGAGUGAUGUGUUACACGAUACCUGAAAGUGCCUUGAGUGGUUUUUACGGGUGCCAACUGUGAUCCCUGGAAGUCAACCUGUACAUAGCAUAGAAGUUUUAGCUGUAAUUACCACCAUCAAGGAGAGCACGAGACAACAAUGUUGUAACAAACUUGAGGAGUUAUUGUGACACUAUUAGAAAGCAGCAAGGAGAAAAACGAUAAAAUAUGCACAUUUAUAAAUAUCUCAUCUUAUAGUAUAUAUAUUAUAUAUAUAUAUAUGUAUAUCGGUUGUUGUGUUCAGAAUCUUUGGAAUUGUGUAUCUGUAAUGUCACUAUUGCAUGUGCGAGCACACACACUUUGUUCUGUCGUCAAGUCAUUCGGCGGGGGCUCCUGGGAUGUGCGCACCCAAGCUCUGUCCUGCCACCAUUUUCAUUGUCGUUGCUUGGGAGCAAAACUGCACAUGAACAAUUGUAACUUGUUUUUAGAUCUUUUGACUGUGCAUGUUUUACCGCACUGUGCUACCGAGGCUUAUGUGGACAACACAUGACAUUGUAAAGUACGUUGCUAGAGUGCUUUUUUUUUCCCUCUCUUUUCCCAAGCAAAAGUUGUGAUGCCUCUGUUAGCACGCACGUGAUGUUUAGGACGCGAAUUUAUUGCCGCAGCAUUUUAGGUCUAGUAGAAGUGAUUGAAACUGUAAAUAUAACAACACAUAAAGAUGUUUGUUUUCUGAA